CUUGUUGUUGAACCAGACUACAGCAUUCAGACUAAUUUAGGGGAAGAGGCGGAGUGGAGGAAGAGGAGGAGGACAAAUAGAGGCAGAGCUGCUGGUUAGAGAGACGGAGGCAGGAAUAGUGACUAAUAGUGACAGUUACUCACCCUAAUGUAACUCGGCUGGUGGAGGAAGAGUGGUGUCACAUCCAGUGAACCGGCAUAUGUAUACAGCAGUUGGUCGGGCCCAGCCAACGAUCGCAGAUUUCACUUGGAUACACUAUGUUGUCUUUGGGAUAGCUGGAGAGUUGCUGCAUCCUCUACCUCUCGGGCUGGACUGUGGUGCACUGACGGCGGCUCGCCCUCCCCUGCCCCCUCGCCCCCCAGCAAUGGCCUCACGCAUUGGCUUGCGGAUGCAGCUGAUGCGAGACCAGCUGCAGCAGGAGGAGCAGCGUGAGCGGCAGCACCAACAGCAGCAGAAUGCAGCCCUGCAGUACAUGCAGCAGCGCAUGGCUGGGACACCAGCACCCACCCCGGCCAUCAGCACUCCACAGCACUACCAAAGCAUGCAGGUCCCCGUGGAGGUUCUCAAGGUACAGACCCACCUGGAGAAUCCUACAGACUAUCACAUCCGUCAGUCUCGGAGACAACAGGUGAAGGAAUACCUGUCCACCACCUAUGCCACCAAACAGACGGUCCAUUCGACAGCAGGGUUGAUACCCCCCUCUCCUCCUACACCCAUAGGACCCACAGGGGGCUCGUCAUCUGCACCCCCUCCACUCCACUCCCCACACAUGCGCACUGAGCAGCUCAUAUCUGGCAACAGUGCCCCCAACAGCCCCAUGGCCAUGCUCAACAUUGGCUCCAGCCAUGAAACAGAGAUGGAUGAGGUCAUUGAUGACAUUAUCAGCAUGCAGUCAAAUUAUGAUGAUAUCCAGGCAUAUAUUGACCCCAUCCAGAUGCCAAACACACUCCCCUUGUCGAGCAGUCACCUGGAUGUGUACACGGGUCCUGGGAUGAAAGGACCAGCUAUUGCUAUGACCAGUAACUCCUGUCCUGCCAACCUGACCAUCAAACGAGAACUGUCAGAUGCAGAAGCCCGUGCGUUGGCCAAAGAGAGACAGAAAAAAGACAACCACAAUCUGAUUGAAAGGAGAAGGAGAUUCAACAUCAAUGACCGUAUUAAAGAGCUGGGCACCAUGAUCCCUAAAACCAAUGACCUUGAUGUGCGCUGGAAUAAAGGCACUAUAUUGAGAGCAUCAGUCGAAUACAUCAAACGCAUGCAGAAGGAUGUGCAGAGGACCAGAGAGGUCGAAAACAACUUCAAAAGGAUGGAAAUGGCUAACAAACAGCUGUUGCUACGCAUCCAGGAGUUGGAGAUGCAGGCUCGUCUGCAUGGCCUGCCCAGCACCUCUCCCUCUGGCAUGAACCCCGCUGAUCUGAUGGCUUAUAUAAAACAAGAGACCAGCCCAGAAGAGAGCCUUUCUCACCAAGCACAAGCCCACCACCAGCCCCAGCACCUUCCGCAGAACCAGGUUCAGCCCCAGGCCCAGCAGCAUCACUUCCUCCCUCAGACCCAUCUCCACCCCCAGGGCCAGCCUCAGCCUCAGCCCAGGCAUUUGCCACCUCUUCCGCAGCACCUCCAGCCUCAGCCACCCAUCCAGUUCCCAGCUGUAGGCAGCUCCCAGCCCUUUGACUUUGGUCAGUCACUGGACUUGUGUGACGGGAUUCCCGGUUUCUCAGAUGGCAUGUCGGGGCUGGGUGAUAUGGGUGGCGUUGAUGUCCAUGGGAGGAGGGGCGAUCUGGGCUUCCUGUUGAUGGACGAGCCCCUGUCCCCGAUGGGGGGAGACCCGCUGCUCUCCGCAAUGUCCCCUGAAGCCUCGGUGGACUCCAGCCGCAGAUCCAGCUUCAGCAUAGAGGAUGGAGACAUAAUGUAGACGCAUGAAUCCGCACUGUACACACACGCACUCACACAAAUAAAUGUGAUGGUUCAUCAACUUAAACUACAUUACAGUUACAGCACAUACGCACGGAAGGGUACCGACCACAUUCUCCCACUACACACAUCACAUACAAAUUAAACAAAAACAGUGACAUUCACUUGUGGUACAAUUAUUCCUUCUUAAUGGCACAAGCAAAAUAUGGCACAUGCUCUCACAGUUAGAAACAUUCUUAAUAUUGCAAAUGUUUGCAUACACACACAAACACAUGUGAGGAAACACACAAAUACACAAGCAUGUGAGGCAAAUUAAGCAGCUUGAAACCUUGCCCAACUGACUGAGGAUUUACAUAAGGGUGAACCAGUACUGCCAGGUCAAGAGUUCUAUAGCACAGUUAGCCUCAGCUCCAUAAAGGUGGCUCUGAAUCAUAAUUGAAAAAGGGACAAAACCAGCUGUUAAUUAGUUUGAACUUAUCAGAUACAAGGACAACCAAGUGUGUGGUCUCUAUUGAGGACAAGUUAUUUUCUCCUUCCAUCAGCCUCUCUUAGUAACCAUAAAUUAUUGAAGGAGUGAUAGUGAAUAAAAUGGCCCUUUAUGGUCCUGCAUGCAUAAUUUAACUUAAGGGGAACCCAGUCACAUAGUUCCGUUUCUCAGUCUGUUAUUCUCCAGUUUGCCUUUGCUUUAAGCACAAGCUGCUUAGUGUUUGACAGAGAUCUGUACUAGCCUUCUAAGCUUAAGUGUCUUUGAGUGUCCACUCAUAAUUCAGCUUUCAGUAGAGCCAUUUUUAUUUUAUUGCAUCUGCCCCAAUUCUAGCUGUAGUUGGUACUUAACACACAUGUGCACACAUUGCUGUCUACUGGUUUCUACAUUUUGACGCUGUCACAGCUUUUACACAAAGACACCAUAAACUGUGUUGACUCCAAAGAGAGGCCAGAGAAAACCAUUUGGUGGUCUUCAAAGACAAUUUGCCAUCCAAAUCUGUGACAUUUUACAAAACUCAGGUACCGUAACAGAACACACAUGUAUGGACAUUUACAACUACAAGCAGAUGUUAAUCUGACCCAGCGCACUCCUAUCAAUGUGCCUUUUCUUUUGAAGGACAGAGGUCAUGGCCAGGUUUAGAUGUAAUAUCUUCAGUUACGCCUGUAAAUGCAUUAGAGACGGUUUCUGAGCUGAGGACACAUUUUGCUGCACAGAAGAUAAAUUCACUUUUCCCUCACUAACUGGACCCGUGUUGUUCUAGAGGCUGAGGUCAAACACAUGAAGUAUGAAUGUAGUAGCGGUUUAGUCUUCACUGUAACUGCCCUUACCUGCAUGCAUUCACACUCACACUCCACUCACAAACAAGCAUGCAGUAAAUCCACAGACGCUCACUUAAUCCACACAUUCGCAUGAUUGUGCACAUACACAUACAAACAGUGCACUGUGCCUUGAGGCUGUUUUCAAAUCAGCAUGUUAACAAGUCUCCUGUGCUUCAGUCUCUCCCCUGUUGAGGCGAGCGAAGCUGCCAGUGUUAGAGGUAAAUCUCAGCCCCUCAAACUGCCACCUAAAGGGAAUCCGUUACCCAGUUGGCCAUGCGUCUUACCGACUAGACCAGAAUGAGGUGGACCUGAGUUGUAUCUCUGCUGUACACCUGAGACUUGGCUUUGAUUUGAUAUAGCUUGUGAUCAGUACUGAUUAAGGUAAUUUAAUGGUGAACUUUGAUUAAAAUAAGUGUUUGUUUUCUUUAUUAUAGUUUAUUGUUUAUCUCCCAAAGCACUGGAAACUAUAUUAUUAUUAUUAUUUUGACUUUGUACAUGGAAGAACUAUGGAAUAAGAUUUAUUUCAGAUAUUUUAUGCCACAAAGCCACUUAAGUGUAUUUUAUUUGUAUUUGUUGUUUUAGUUCUGUUUCAAUUUUAUUCCUUCAUUGCCCUUUUUUCUCAGAGCCAUUUUCAGUAUGUACACUGUAAAUGCAUCAAUGCCACCAAGUUUUCAUUGGGGAAAGAGGUGGGAGCCAUUUAUAAAUUCCCAGAUUUCAACUGACUUAAGAGAGAUGAUGAGAUUAUGUACAUUUAUAUUGACAUUUUUAUAUGAUUUGGAAUUGUAUUUUUCUCUCUGUUUUAACUUUGAAAUCUGGAGUCCAAAGAUGAAGUGUGAUUAUUAGACCUGAUUGAUACAAAUUGCUUAUUUUAUGAAUGUAAGGUUUAGUCGUGCUUCUGGUCAGACUGAAGUGUCUUUAGUGUCUUUGCCACGUUUUCUUCCACCCUGAAUUUGGUUUCCAUGGACACAGGAAGAUGACUGAUUUUUGCAUAAACUCUGAGCCCAGUUGGUUUCCAUGGCAUCCUGUCACUGUGCGUUUGUCUCUGACUGUUUGCCAGAGUUGUGCCUUUUACCUGUCAGCCGCAGUUUGACUGUUGUACUGUCACCCAGCCAACACUCCAAAGACCUGCUCAGGCCUCCUCUGAUUUGCCGGGAGAGGGCACUCUGCAGAGCAGCACAGGGAAAAGUGGUAAUGAUUUUACUGAGAAUAUAAAAUGUUUUACCAGAAUCUAU